GCAAAGCGAUAUUCAGAUUAUAGUCAAAUCAUUAGAGACUCUUUCAGAGCAUACCUCUAUCUCUCAUAGUAAAUAUCCAGUAUCCUUGUUGUGAAAAUCGAAAUCAUCGAAAAUGCGUGCAUUCGGCGAUUGCUUAGUUCUGGUGCUGUUCGCGACAAUUCUGGUCGGUACCAGCGGUAAUCCUAUCGACGAUGAGAGCAUCGUAACUCUGGUAGCAGCAGGACAGCCGUUAUCCCUGUUAGAUGUCGAAACCCAGCAAGGACAUGAGAACGAAGGCGAUCGUUUGGCACGCCAUCAUGGCUAUGGUGGUUGGGGUGGUGGCCACCCUAGGGGUUAUGGACAUGGUGGUGGAUAUCACGGUCAUCGUGGUGGUCAUCGCGGUGGUUAUUACGGUUGAAACGUAUUCUAUUUUUAUAUUUAAAUUUUGAAAUUAUAACUGGGAUACUAUAAUGCCAUGAAAUAAAAACGAAAUUUGUGUGUGAUGCUAUUCCGAAAAUAAUUUUAUCAAUUUUAAACGUAAUUAUUUAAAUGAAAUAAAACUAAGGAUGUGUGGUGAAAUAAUUAAUAAUAAUUGUGACAAAGUGUAAGUUAAUUGGCAAACCUUGGAACAAUAAAACGAUCUGCGGAGAACAAAGGAACGAAUUGGUCAAUU